AUGAAAGCACUUCCCCCUUUCCCCCCACUGUUCAAAGAGAGGUUCGACGGCCUUCCCCUCAGUUCAGACGGAGACGCUGCGUCCGAGGAGUUCAUCACCAGGGCGCACGAACUGGCAGUUUCUUGGCUGCCGGCGGACGUCCGAACUAGACUGGAAACCUUUCUGCACGACAGCAGCGGCCCGUCUGUUCUGGUCGUCCGAGGACUACCUGUGGACAGCGACCCCCCUCCGACGCCAUAUGCGGUUGGGAACAUGUCCGCAAAGCCGGGGAAGGUUAUGAGCGAGGCAUGGGUGCUGGCAGUGGCGAGACUAAUAGGGCAGCCGGUGACUUAUCAGACUUUGGUUAAGCGGGGCAUGGCUGGCGGGUUAGUGUGUGACCUGACUCCUAACCCAAAUUCAAUAGAUAAGGUCGCCUUUGACGGGUGCAAGAAAGUGCUGGAUCUGCAUCGAGAUUUUGCAGUCACAUCUGAAAAGAUUGUAGCUGACGCCCUCCUCCUCAUUGGCGUUCGGGGUGACCCCCGGAAGGAGGCCCAGACCACCGUUUGCGAUUUCCGCGCGCUUCUAGCUGCCACGUCACCAUCUGACGUAAGCAUCCUCCGCAGUGAACCGAUGCGGUGGAAUUUUGGGAGCGCGGCCAACAACAGCUUCGCAGUUGCAGAAAAGUUCCUGAUCACCGGGCCCGAUUCCAACCCGCUUGUGAACAUCUUUGAGGAGAACAUUCUUCCCGUCGGGGCGGCGAGCCUUAAGGGUUCCCCUCAGCUUUUGGAAGCCUAUGCGAGGCUUAAAGAGACGGCGCGGCAGUUAGCGGUGGGGGUGUGGUUGGAUGCGGGAGAUCUGCUUAUUGUAAACAAUAGUCGAGCCGCGCACGGUCGUACUGCAUACACUGCCGUGUUUGAUGGGAGUGACCGGUGGGUGCAGCGGGUAUAUGCAAAAAGAGAGUUGGUUGGAUGCCCGGGCGAGCCCCCGAGCAGGGUAUUGCGCUUUGCUUCCUAGAAGGGAAGGAAGUGUGUUUGGCAAACUGCCUGGGGUUCUGAGCUUCACCGAAGAUCGUGGGCCGCAAUAACCCAGAUUAGCUAGGUACGGACCACCAUGGCACUAGCUCGAACUCAAUUCUUUAUGCAUUAAGCUAGCUUCAGUAUGCCAACGCUUCCUAGGCUCUUUGCUUAUCAAUUAGUUGUUUGACAAGGUGGAUGGCUUCAACACUUCCAUAACAUUCAAGUGCACUCACGUUAUCGACUGUGACAAGUCCAAUC